AUGACCAAAGAAAAUCUACAUGCUGUUUGUUCUGAAGAUCAACUGGAUUCAGAAAAGUCAUUUACCUUUAGCAGAAAGCAUCUUUUUACUGCCAAUAAAAGUGUGAUUACAGCUCGUGGUCAGACACUAAUAGUGCCAAAAACGACUGCCAGUAAGUGGGAAAUAAAGCCACCUGACUUUACUCCAAAACUGUUCUGUGCUCUACAUUUACCAAGAAUUAAGAUGAAAACUCUUGACGCAACAGAGCUCAUAUAUGGUGGAGCAAGAAAGUCUCAAAGCUUUAAUAAAAUGCCUCAAAUCUUGUUACAAGAAGAAAAACAGAAGAUUAUUAAAACAACAUUUAUCAAAUUGUAUAAACCACCAGACUUACUGGAAUUACAGCUCCAGUUUGUGAAGUCGGGACAGUUUCCAAGAGACUUAUACCAAAACCCUAAGCCUUACAAUUUCAGACCUUGUGCUGAAAACUUAGCCGAUUUGGUGACCUCCAUAGAAAAGGAUCCUCAAAAGUUCAAGUCCCAAUUCUUAGAAUCAAGAAUCCAGCUUGAUCCAAAUCCCUCACAAGAAGACACAGCUACGAAAAUGAUUACCCUAAAACCGACAGAACCCAAAUGGGAUGCAGGACUCAUACUGCCAAAAUCCCCUUGGCCGACCAAAUCAGCCUCAUACACAAGGCAUCGGCGGAGAAGAGGGGUCAGCAGUGCUUUGUUGGACCGUGUGGAGGAGAAGUUCAACAGAUCAUGGAUGACAUCAUGUGUUAUGGAAAAUGUCUGA